AUGGCGAUGACGGGACGAAGAGAAACGCUGCUGGAAAUGUGCUGCUUAAUGCUUCUGAUGACCGGAAGUGGACAAAGUGCAGACACGCGGCAGACGCAGCAUCUGUUGUCCUAUCAGCUGACAACGCCUCGGCCAAUCGGAGGCCGGCCGCGGAGGGAUGCCGACGGCUCGCUGCCUAAUCAGGUAUCGUUCGCCAUCGGCGUGUCGGGACGUCAGCACGUUGUCCGUCUGGAGAGGAAUCGGAUGCUGCUACCCGAUGACUUCAAAGUGUUUACAUACGCCGACAACGGACGAAUAAUCUCCAGCGUGCCGGAUGUCAAGAACCACUGUCAUUAUCAGGGCUUUGUUGAGGGCAUGGAGGGCUCGUCUGUCGCCAUGAGCAUUUGUCAUGGCCUCAGAGGUGUGAUGCAUCUGGACGAGGACAGCUAUGCCAUCGAGCCUUUGGACUCCGCCCCCGAGCAGCACCUGCUGUACCGCCUGCGGGACGUGACGUCACAGCCCCGAGGAUGCGGGACCCCGCAUCGCUACUCCGAACGUAACCGCACCGAGCACGCUUACUCACAGGGAUGGCAGCAGCAGGAGGUCCACCAGCACGCCAGGGCGAAGCGAGAUGUCUUCCAUCGUACACACUAUGUGGAGCUACUGCUCGUGGUGGACAAUGACAGAUACAACACCAUGAACAGGAACAACAGUGCAGUGGUGGAGGAGAUGGUUCAUCUGGCAAACUUCAUAGACAGCAUCUACGUGCAGCUGAACGUACGGGUGGUUCUGGUGGGCCUGGAGAUCUGGACCAGGCAGAACCUGAUCAGCACAGAGGGGGGCGCUGGCGAGGUUCUCAGUCGCUUUACCCAGUGGCGGGAGAAGGAACUGCUGCCUCGACGACGCCACGACUCGGCGCAGCUGAUACUGAAGAAAAGCUUUGGCGUGACAGCGGGGAUGGCGUACGUCUCCACCGUGUGCUCAAGGAGUCACGGCGGCGGAAUUAACGCGUUCACAAACAACAACGUGUUUGCCUUCGCGUCCAUCGUGGCUCACGAGCUCGGCCACAACCUCGGCAUGAACCACGACGACGGCCGAACUUGCGCGUGCCCCGUGCAGGCGUGCAUCAUGAACUCCGGAGCCACGGGUUCCCGCAACUUCAGCAGCUGCAGCGCUGACGACUUUGAGAAGAUGCUCCUGAUCACUGGCGCCUCCUGUCUCCUCAACGUGCCGCACCCUGACGAAGCCUACAACGUCCCCUCUUGCGGGAACGGCCUGCAAGACGUCGGCGAGGAAUGCGACUGCGGUUCGCGCCAGGAGUGCGAGCGCGACCCCUGCUGUGAGUUUAAGACGUGUCGACUCAAACCGGGAGCCGAGUGCGCCGACGGCGAGUGCUGCUACAACUGUCGGUUCAAGGCCGGCGGCACGGUGUGUCGCGCCAACACGGACGAGUGCGACCUGCCCGAGUACUGCAACGGCUCCUCGUCUCUCUGUCAGAGUGAUGUUUUCGUUCAGAACGGUCAAGAGUGUCGGAACGGGCAGGCGUACUGUUACAACGGCCGCUGUCGGCACGCCGGAGACCAGUGCAGGAGCAUCUUCGGAGCUAAGGCCAAGGUGGCGCCGGAGAUCUGCUUCAAAGACGUCAACAGCAAAGGCGAUCGCUUCGGAAACUGCGGAUACCAAAACUACGGAUACAAAAAGUGCGAGAGCAGAAACGCUUUGUGCGGGAAGCUGCAGUGCGCCAACGUGCAGGGCGUCAAAGCGUUUGGCGUGGAGCCGUCCAUCAUCACCACGCCCAUAGGGGGCGCCGUGUGCUCGGGGGUGGACUUCAUGCUGGGCUCGGACGUGCCCGACCCCGGCAUGGUCAACGAGGGCACCAAGUGCGGUCGUGACAAGGUGUGCCUCAACUUUGAGUGUCAAAACGUCAACGUCCUCAACUUUGACUGCGACGCACGCAACAGGUGUCACGGCCACGGGGUGUGCAACAACAAUCGUAACUGUCACUGCCAGGCCGGCUGGGCUCCCCCUUUCUGUGAGCUGGCAGGUUACGGUGGUAGCGUGGACAGCGGGCCGACCUGGAACGACAAGGACACGUCACUCCGGGACGGCCUUCUGGUGUUCUUCUUCGUGCUCGUCCCUCUGGCCGCGAUGGGCGCCCUGGCCUUCGUGCGCAGGAAGCAGCUGCUGCGGCGCCUCGGCCUGGGGUCUCAACGGCGCCCUCAGGCGUACCGGCCCGACGUACCGGCGCCGCCCGAUCGCGGCAGAGGGCCGCCUCCCGUGGCUCGACCGCCACCCGUCGGCCGUGCCGGCGACCCCUCUGGUGACGUGCUCACGCAGUCGGUAGGAGACGAGUUGGAGCGCAACCUCAUACGCCACCAGGCCGCCACCGCCGCCGCCUAUGAAAGCCAAAGCAGGCAGUGCGGCGCAACCUCUAAUGCCUCAACGAGCUGCCCCCCCACCGCCGCCCGUGUAAUCAAGAUUCCACACUUUCAAACCGCCUAA